AUGCCCGUCUUUCAAGAAACCUCCUACAAUGAUCGCGACCUUCGAGUAAAUCCAACAAAGGAACCGCCUUUGCCAAGACUGACUUCACAGCCGCCAUUAUCCACCGGUGGUGAAGAUGAAAAAUAUGAAGUCAUCAUAAUUGGUGCCGGCCCUGCGGGAAUGAUGUGCACAUUGAUGCUCGCUCGUUACGGACUUGGAGAUACCAUUGUAUGCUACGAUGCCAAGCCUGGAACGCUGAAAGCUGGCCAGGCCGAUGGUCUUCAGCCUCGCACGUUGGAAGUACUGAAAAGCCUGGACGUUGUUGAUGAGAUCCUCAACCAUGGAUGCCAUAUGUCUGAGGUCGCUUUUUGGAACCCCAAAAGAAACACAUCGCCUGAUGAUGCUCCCGGAAUUGAGCGUACAUCUUUUGCACCGGACGUGGCGGUGGCAGCGAGAUAUAAGCAUGAGGUUACCAUACACCAGGGCCGGAUCGAACGGAUCCUCGAAAGCAAUCUCAACCACUAUGCACCGGACUGCAUUCAUAGAAACGCCCGAUUCAUUGACUUUCAGAUGGACGAAGUAGGCGAUACUGAGUUUCCUGUCAAGGUGGAGAUUGAGCUUGAAGAUGUUGUUGGCGCCAAGACACGCAAGGCUGUACGCGCCAAAUAUCUUGUUGGUGCUGACGGUGCACAUUCCGUAGUUCGACGGCGGAUGGGGCUAGAUCUUGUUGGUGAAACAACGGACCACAUCUGGGGUGUUGUUGACUUCGUGGUGGAGACAGAUUUCCCAGAUAUACGGAAGCGCUGCGCUAUUCACUCCGAUGCUGGUUCUGUCAUGAUCAUCCCUCGUGAGCGUAUUCAAGGUGGGGGGUAUUUGACACGUCUCUAUGUACAGACAACAGAAGAAGUCUCUGUUGAAGGCUUAGAACAAAAUGUCGAGGGAGAAAAGCAAAUGUCAAAAAUGCGGAGAGGCAGGAUCACUCUCGAUUCUAUUCUGAAACAAGCUCAGCGUGUCUUUGAGCCCUAUGAAAUAGGUCUCAAGGAUGGAACUCAUGUUGAUUGGUGGGCUGCAUACCAGAUUGGACAGCGCAUGACACCCAAGUUCUCUCUCAAGGAUAGCAACGGUCAACCCAGAAUAUUUAUCGUUGGAGACGCUUGCCAUACGCAUAGCCCCAAGGCUGGCCAAGCUGGCCCAACCAUCCUCUCCACAUAUGAGGACGAGCGACUCGAGAUUGCAAAAAUGCUUAUAGAGUUUGACACCAACUUCUCGUCCAUGUUUUCAGGAAAAGUCCACUCUGAUAAAAACGUCGAGGGACUGACGCAUGAUCAAUUUCUAAAGGUCUUCAGAGACGGUAAUGGCUUUACCAGUGGGUGUGGCAUUGAGUACUCACCGGGAGUUCUUGUUCAGCACCCUGCUCCUGAAGAUUACCCAAUCUAUGGGGACAACUAUCUCAAUGGGGUCCUGAGACCCGGCCGACGGUUACUCGAUUCAGUGGUAUUGCGAUAUGCAGAUGCUAACAGGCGACAUCUGCAAGAUGAUUUUCCCUCCAAUGGGCGAUUUAGGAUCCUUGUAUUCACAGCAUUCGAUCUUUGUGAGAAAGACGGCAGUUCAUCUCAGGCUGUAAAUCAGAUUUGUCAAGAUUUAAUACCCGUGUUUCCAUCCUCCACUAUCGAACUAGUCGUGCUCCAUCCUUUCUCAGAAAGAAAGUUUGAAUGGGGGGAUAUUCAGCCAUCGAUCAAGAAGUAUGCGGAAAUGAAAUUCCACGGCCCAGCGGAUGAAGGGUUAUACGCCACGUACGGAGUUAAUGAUCGUGCGGGUGCCGCUGCCGUCAUUCGGCCAGACGGCUAUGUUGGCAUGGUCACAUCACUUCAAGGGAUUUCUCAGGUGGAAGAAUACUUGGCUCGUUGCUUAGUUAAAGUUGAGCAUGAUCAACUGUCUCCUCAGGUAUAA